ACAUGGCCCUGCCUAGUUACCUGCGUUCGUGUUCCACCCCAAAAAGGACUUCGGGAUCUGCGGAACCGGAGACCCAGUCAACCGGCUCGGGGACCUUCGGCUCUCUUCAGGCUUUCUCUCGCGGAUUCGGAGGGUGGUCUAGUUAGUCCUGCGGUUGCUUGGGCCGUUCCGUUGUUGUGGAUAUCGGGUCCGUCAGUUGUUAGUGCUUGCUUAUUAAAUAAACUUCUGUUCGCAGAGGAUAUCCGCAUCGGGAGCAGCCAUUAAUCUCAUUUAAUUCGGACCAACACGUUAUCUCUAGUGAUUUCGGAUUCAAAUGCAAUUACGCUUGAGGUACAAGUGAUGGGACAACUCUUGCACUUGAGUCCUUUGGUGUGAAUGGAGUGCAGUGGAGAGGAAUCCUCUUUGUCAACCCCCCGUUCAAUCGAUAAAGUGACCCCGAACAUUUAGCUUUGUUUAUUUGCUUGUACGCUUUGGCGGUGCGAAAAGUCUCAUAGUUGCUUAUCGGAUAUAGUGGUGCAUAUAGUAAUCGGCUAAUCGGGCGGCGGAUGUGCGUGCCUAGAGUUUAAGUGAGUCAAAUGUGAGUGGUUCAAGGCUGUGACUCAGGAUCCCAAGCAAAAGCCAGGUCGAAACGUGGCUCUAGUUGCCCCGAAACCCACCCACUUGGCACCCACCCGAAAUCGCAAACCAAAACAAUCCGUAUACAUAUGUAUAUACACCUGAAUGGGGAUUCUGAAGGUGGUAACGCUACGUAUGCCAUGAAUAAGUUAUCGCCCAAGGAACUAAAUUCGCCAAAUGACCGCAAACCAAUUACGACACAUGACCAUACCGACUUGAGCACUAAAUCAAGUUAGCAGCUUGAAGAACUUAGUUUGUUGAAGACGUGGAACCUGGUUUAUAAAAGUGGCAAGCCAAAUCAAUUGAAUCCUAGUAGGAUCCAAACAUUGUUAACAAGCAACUCAGAAAAACACGUAACUUAUGGAUUUCUAGAUCAUUUGGGGAAGAAAGGAGACUAAAAAGCAUUAAGGACUACUUUUUGGGUGUUACUUCGCUUUUAUAAAAGAGUCUUAGCCCAAGGAAGUAACUUCCACCGUAGGCCGAAAUAAAAGUUGCACCCGGAGAAUGUGUGAAGUGCUGCCCCCCACUGCCUAAGCAUGAACCGCUAUAUCACGCUGACCCAACUGGGAGAUGGCACCUACGGCACCGUGGUCCUGGGCCAGCGCAAGGACACCGGCGAGAAGGUGGCCAUCAAGCGUAUGAAGCGCAAGUACUACUCCUGGGAGGAGGCCAUGAAUCUGCGCGAGGUUAAGUCCCUGAAGAAGUUGUCGCAUCCGAACAUUGUCAAGCUAAAGGAGGUGAUACGGGAGAACGAUACCCUGUACUUCGUGUUUGAGUACAUGAAGGAAAACCUCUAUCAGAUGAUAAAAGACAGAGAUACUCAUUUACCCGAACCGGAGCUCAAGAGUAUUCUCUUCCAGGUCCUUACUGGUCUGGCCUUCAUGCAUCGUCAUGGAUUUUUCCACCGCGACCUCAAACCGGAGAACCUGCUCUGCUCCGGCCCAGAUCUCAUCAAGAUAGCUGACUUCGGCCUGGCCAGGGAGAUCCGAUCAAGACCUCCGUUUACGGACUACGUAUCGACGCGUUGGUACCGUGCACCGGAGGUACUGCUGCACUCCACCAACUACGGCAGCACCAUCGAUCUCUGGGCCAUGGGCUGCAUUAUGGCCGAGCUCUACACCUUUCGUCCGCUCUUCCCCGGAAGCAGUGAGGUGGAUCAGCUCUUCAAGAUCUGCUCCGUGCUGGGCACUCCAGAGAAGGACGAUUGGCCGGAUGGAUAUCGCCUGGCGAGCAUGAUCCACUUCCGUUACCCGGACUGCAUCAAAGUGCCACUGAGCAGCGUCGUCAGUCGCUGCAGCCAAAAUGGAUUGGAUCUGCUGGAGGAUAUGCUGGCCUACGAUCCCGACAAGCGUCCCAACGCGCAGCAGAGUCUGAAGUAUCCAUACUUUCACGCCCUCAAGCGGAUAUCGCCCACGGCGGCCACCAAGGCCAAUGUACGGCUGAGCUCCAAGUAUGGGGCCACCAAUGGGCAUCCGGUUCAGACGGUCUCCAACAAUGUGCUUCCGGUGCAGGAGAAGCUGCAGGCGGUCACCGAGUUGCUGCACCAGACCAACAGCAACAUGAAUGGCCAUUCGAAUCUGGGCAAGAACAACAAUCUGGCGGCCAAGAAUGGCGGAGUGCCCAGAAAGUACCAACCGAAGUUGAGCUUCCUGACCGGCAGUGAGUUGGGUGCGGGUUCACAUGCGGACACCUCCAGUCUGGGUGGAGCCACAGUGGACGGCGUGGCAGUGCCACAGCUCCAAAACGGAGGGGAGUCCAUCAACGACAUCUACCUGAACCGCAACAUCUCACAGCUCUUCGGAUUGCCAGCGGGCAAUCCGCAGCACCACCAGCAGCAGGUGCACCACCCCAACGUCUCCUUCAGCACCACCACGUCCCGGAAUGCAGGCGCCAUCUAUGUGAAUGGCAGCCACCUCAGCUACGACACGGCCAACAUGAAUGCCAAGAACAAUGCCAAGUUUGUGGUGGGCGCUUCCAAUGGCGGCUACUACGUGCCCGUGGCCAGGCCAUCUCUCCUUGGUACCGAUGCCAAGGUCUACAACGUGUUCUCCAAGGUCAGUGCCAGCCAGGCUCCACCGAGCCUCAUUGUGCGUCAGCCGCAACUGCAGCCGGAGAUGGCUCCUCCGCCCAUGCGCCUCUCGGGAAGAUCGCGAGCGGCGGCUCAGGACCCAAAGUUGGGUGCUCUCAAGUCUGACGAUCUGGACCUGAUACUGGGUUCCAAGCUGAAAACCUCCGCCAAGCGACAGCGCAAUGCCAAGGCCAACAUCCUGCUGGAGGACCUGUUCGGACAGCUGUCCAUGGACUCGGACAGCGAUGGCAAGUAUCCGCACACGGUGCCGCCCACGCAGCAGGCGAAGAGCGGGAAGACGUCGACCGGCGGUCGCGGACCCGCUGCUGGACCGCGGGAGCGGGAUCUCUUCGGGGAGAGCUUCCUGCCCAGGCCGGGAUUGCGGAAGAAGGCCACCCAGAGCAGCCUGGAGGUGAACAACGGCAGCCACGCGGACUCGCUUGAUAACUCCUCCUCGUCCUCCCCCUCAAUUGAUGAAGAAUGUCGCUUUUGGCCCAUAAGAGCUCCAAUCGCCCAAAAGGAAAAGCACGCUGUGGCGUCCAGUUUCCCCUGGGAUGAGUCCAACAAGACGGAGGACGAGAAGCUUACGGCUUGGAUGGUGGCCGAGAAUGGUAACUUGAUUUUGGGUACUCACCAGCAAGCGUAGAAGUCGAGAGCACUCCAAAAUAAGUAGUUACUUAGCGAUCACCAAAUAGUAGCUUUCCAAUGGUAGUGCUUAAUUGGAAAACACAUCUAGAGAGUUAUGGAUGUGUAAUUUGAAAUACCAACAUAUCCUUUUGCCAGGAUCGCUGCUGGAGAACAAAUUCUGAGAAGAUCGACUUGCAAGAUGCCGUUGUACCUGAAACAGAAUGGAACUACUUUAAGUGCCUGUUGAUCUGCGUAAUCCCGAACUGAACCCAAAUCCAUAUCACCAACAUCGAAUCGGCGUAACGAGUUAGUCUAGUUUCGAUAUAAUGUUAUUGCUGUGAUACAACUAAGCUAAACUAUUGUGUAAAGUAGCCUACGAUCUUGAGUCUCGCGUGUAAGUUGUACUUUAAGCUACUACUAUACGAUAAUAUAAUCCGAGUGAGUUUUGAA